AUGUCGCAGAUUCCGAGACCCAUGAUCGAGGUAAAGGGGGCCGUCUCUUUCCCCAAAGAGGACCGACUUGCAUUCCCCGGAUCCCGUCUUCCUGCAUAUCCUAGCCCUCAGUUCUUCGCUUGUGGUCCCCUUCUCGGGGAUGGUACAUGUCCAGUUCUGACUGAAGAUGCUCUCCAGCAGAAGCACGGGAAUAUCAAACUCGAUAUCUUCUGCGCUCGUGAGGCUCUUGACAAUGCACUCAUUGAGGAUGGUCUCGAAACCGAGUGGCCAAGCCCAGCCCAGCCCGUGGUGAAGGCCAAGCCACCAGGAGGCAUCCGCACGAUUUACCCGUCUUCCAUUCCACAACGAGUCCCCUUGUCCCAUAGAUGCUUGCCGGUUGAGGCCGGGUUCUGGACCUGCGAAAGCCUUACCGGCCGAUGGCGCCGCAUGUCUCACUAUGUCUCUCCACAACCCCUGCUACUGCACAACUUUGCCUACACCACCCUUCCCGCUCGUUUCCGCGAGCCUCUUUGGGCAGACACAACCACACAUCCUUAUACAGGCUCUGCGUCAUAA